AUGUUCAACUGGAUAUGGCCUCAAAAGCCUGUCACUGGAGACGUCGUCUUAAUUACGGGCGGUGCCAUGGGGAUUGGGCGUCUCAUGGCUCUCCGCUUUGCUUCAUUAGGUGCCAUUGUGAUUAUCUGGGAUCUGCAUUCGAAAUUUGGUCACAAAGUGGUGCAAGAGAUUGAAGCCAUAAAUGGAAAAGCUGAAUUUUACAAGGUAGAUGUGACUCAUAGAGAGCAAGUGUACGCUACGGGCGAACAAGUUCUCAAGAAGUUCAAGUCCGUCGAUAUUCUUAUCAACAACGCUGGCAUCGUCGGAGGACGUCCUUUGCUCGAGUCGUCGGAUGCAAUGAUUGAGCGUACUUUUGCUGUGAAUGCCAUUUCGCAUUUUUGGACUAUAAAAACGUUCUUGCCGAUAAUGAAAGAGCGAAACAAAGGCCACAUCGUAUCAAUUGCCAGUGCCGCAGGCAUAUUUGGAUCUCCGGGGAUGGUGGACUACGGAGCCAGCAAGUUUGCAGCUAUCGGACUGUUGGUCAGUCUACGACAGGAGCUGCUUGCCGCGGGACUCGUUGGAGUGCACACAACAGUCGUGUGCCCAGGAUUCAUCGAGACAGGCAUGUUUGAAGGAGUGAAGCCUCCAUUCUACACAAGGUGGCUAUCGCCUGAGUAUAUAGCGGACCAGAUCGUAGCGGCAGUGCGACGAAAUCAAUGGCGCGUGCUGUUGCCGUCAAUUCUAGGACCUUUAGAAUUUGUUGCUGUGAUCAUGCCGAUGUGGUUUGUAGACUGGUUCACACGUAUCACCAAAACUUCACAGGCCAUGGACACCUUCAAGCAGACGCGCAAUUAUGAAUUUAAAGAUGAGUAG